GAGCAAAUUAAGAAGUAAACAAUAAAUUAAAAAAUGCUGUACAAAUCUCUACUAUAUUUCUUAUCACUUUUCUACAUCUGGAAUUCCCACAAUUUUGCACAAGCUGAAAUCCAAACCAAAUAUUCACUGGCUUCCGAUGAAUUCUUAACUUGUGACUACUCACGCUUCGAGAGUCAAUUAGAGGCUCUGAAAACUGGUAUUGACUUUCUAAAACUACACUUUGAAAUGAUGAAAUUAGAGUUGAAUAAACAAAAAGAAAUUUCGCAAGGCUUGCAGAAAAAUGUCGACAAGAUUCCGCAGAGCAUACAGAGUAUGGAAAAUAAAAUACUCUGGAUUUAUCGAGAAAAAUUCCGUGAAUUAGGAGACUUGAUAAGUAAACAAAAUACAAUGAUCCAGACACGAAUUCAAGAGCCACCCAACGAUGAUAAAUGGCUAAUGGUGAGUGACAUCAAGGAAAUAGUGAAAGACCACGAUUCAUUAUUAGAAACGUUUAGUGAAAAGAUCAAGAAUGUUGAAAAUAUAUUGAUCAAAGCCACUUGGGAAACUCAAAUGCAACAGUUAAGUGAUAAUAUUGCCAGGAAUUUGACGUUGUUACAAAAUAUUGAUAAGAAAUUAACAAAUAUUGAAACUAUAACAGCAACUAAAACGGAUCAGAUAGCAUAUAAUCGAAAUAUUCAGAAAUAUAUUAAUAGAAAUGAAGCCAGCAAAAUUUGUCUUAAGGACGCAGACCAAAAAUUAAUUUGUACUACCCAAACUUAUCCAACCAACUGUGCUGAUUUUAAUGCAAACUAUUGUGCAAAUAACAAAUGUCGCAUAUAUAAUAAACUUUAUGGGCAAGAGUCAUUUUUGGCAGCAUGCGAUGACCACAACGAAGGUGGUGGUUGGACUGUUAUCCAGAGACGAAUAAAUGGCUCUGUAGAUUUUUAUCGUGGUUGGUCUGAAUACAAGGAUGGCUUCGGUAAUAUUGAUGGCGAAUUCUUUAUGGGCUUAGAUAAAUUGCAUGCUUUGACGACUACACUACAGCCCAUGGAGCUAAUGAUACAGCUGCAAGACUUUAACGAUACUUUGAAAUAUGCCAAAUAUGAUGAAUUUGCUGUUGGUAAUGAAACGGAAAAUUAUAAACUAAUUAAAGUGGGCAAAUAUUCUGGCAAUGCCGGAGAUUCGUUUAGCUAUCACCAGGGUUUUAAUUUUAGUACCAAAGAUCGUGACAAUGAUGAAGAUAGCACCAAUAAUUGCGCCGAGGAUAAAAAGGGAGCAUGGUGGUACAAAAGCUGUAUGUGGAGUAAUUUAAAUGGAAAAUACUAUAAUAUUCCUGAGCCCCCUAAAGGCGAAAGAGGCAUAUGUUGGAGUGAUUUCAAUGGUUAUGGUUAUUCAAUGAAAUUUGUUCAAAUGAUGAUUAGACCCAAAAGAAUAUAAAUAAAAGCUUUGUUCGAAUUCAUAGUACAUAGCGUAGCUGUAAAUGAAUCACUCAUUUUUUAAUUAAUUCGCGAAUCAUUCACACAAAAAAAUGAAUUGAAUGAAAUUUGAGUCAAUUCAAAUGAAUUUGGUAAAAACGAGUUGCAAUUCGUUUCCAAUUCAAAUGAAUUGAAUUGAUUUUGAAUUAAUUCAAAUGAAUUAGAAAAUGGAAUUAGCAAUUAAUUUCCAAUUCAUGAAUUGAAAUGAUUUUGAGCUUAUUCAAAUGAAUUAGAAAAAAGAAUUAGCAAUUCAUUGAUCAGGCGGAUACAGGACAAGGCUUUUCAAUUUUUGUACUGGAUAUUUUCAUUUUGGUAGGAGAAAUUUUUCAUUCCCCCUAGAGAUCUGCUCUUGAAUUUGAUUGAUUGCAACUCAUUUUUGAUUCAUUCAUUUGAAUUGCUAAUUCUUUUUUCUAAUUCAAUUGAAUUAAUUCAAAAUCAAUUCAAUUCAAAUGAAUUGGAAAUUAAUUGCAACUCAUUUCUCCCUAACUCGUUUGAAUUGAUUCAAAUUUCAUUCAGUUAAUUUUUUCAAUUCAAUGAAUUAAUUCAAAAUUUAGCUAAUUCAUAAUGAAUUGAAAUCAAAAAAGAAUGAUUCAUUUACAGCUCUGGUACAUAGUAAAUAAAAAAUAUUUUCAAAAAUAAAUGAACGUAAUCCAAACGAA